UCCAUGAUGGUUGAGCUUUAUUCGUCCUUGUCUCGACUCUCCAUGAUAGUCAUUCAUUCACACCGUUCCUAGGUGAUGCUUCUGCCUUCACGGCAUCCACGCCACGAACAGAGAUAGGUUUCUGAAGCAUACAAAUCGAGCAUAUUUAUAUCGUGGGUUCGUUCAGCUAUCUAUCAACGUUCAUAUAAAGCACGGCACAUAUCGGUAUGUCAUGUAUCUUCUUCCCUAUCAAUGCCUACUCCGAAACUUCGAGUCGCUAUCUGUGGUGGAGGGAUUGGCGGGCUAGCGUUAGCCGUUGCGCUAUCCAAGUAUUCCAACAUCCAAAUAGACGUUUAUGAAGCGGCAGAGCAAUUCAAGGAGAUCGGCGCUGGGAUCACGAUGCGGGAGCGAACCUGGAAGAUCCUGGAGCAUCUAGGAUUAUCGAAGGAUUUAUCGAAAGUAACAAAUACUCCUCCCGACGGGUUACCUGGAAUUGGUUUUGAAUUUCGCCGAGCAGACAGGGCAGAUGGGUUUCAAUUUCAUUUGUAUACGACUCCGUAUGGAAACGUUCUCUUUCACAGGGCCCACUUUCUCGACAUCUUCGUCAAUCAUCUUCCAACCGGCGUCGCCCACUUUGGCAAAAGGUUACUGUCCUAUGAAGACGACAAGGGUAACUCUCAGGUCAAACUGAAGUUUGCAGAUGGUUCGCAAAGUACUUGCGACCUACUGGUGGGCUGUGAUGGUCUGAGAUCCAUUGUGCGAAAGCAAAUGUACGACCAGGCGCCGUUCAAGGAGCCAGCUUUGAAGGACGUCGCUGAACCUGUUUGGAGUGGUUGGGUUGCCUACCGAGCUCUCGUUCCUGCUGAUCGCAUUCGUCGCGCUAAUGGUGGCAAGGAGAUUCGAGCUAUGACUCAUCCAAUGAUGUAUUGUGGCAAAGAUAAGCACAUCGUCAGUUACCCAAUCUCUCAAGGUCGCAUUGUGAACGUCGUUGGUUUCGUUUUCUACCCUGAGGCAGAAGGAAAGGCUUUCAAUGGACCCUGGGUUACCGAAUGCGAUGGAGCGGAAAUCAUCAAGCACUUUGCUGGCUGGGAACAGGAAGUUCAAGAGUUACUCCGUCAUGUCGACAACGCCACGCUGUGGGCAAUUCACCAUCUAAGGCCACUGCCGAUGUAUACAUCUGGGAGGGUGGCAUUAUUGGGUGACGCGGCUCAUGCCAUGACGCCACAUCAGGGAGCUGGUGCAGGUCAGGCGAUCGAGGAUGCGUUCGUCCUCGCCGCUCUUCUUGGUGAUCCGGCCAUCACUGUGCACACUCUCUGGAAAGCUCUGUCAGCAUAUGAAUCCAUCCGGCUGCCCUUUGCAAACCGCGUACUUCGUGAAUCGGCCGUCUCAGGGAAGAUGUAUGAAUUCAAUAGCAUUUUCAAGGACAAAUACACUUCUCUGGGACCUGCCAUCGAUGCGCAAUGGUCUUGGUCGAUGGAGUCAACACCAGAGGAGGAAGUAGAAAGGGCGUUGAAGCGAAUGAGGGGUCUAGAAGUCAAACACAAGCUUUAGUCUGGUUACUCCUUCAUUUUUUGUUAUUCCGGUUGCAUGCGAACGAUAUGACAACCCUGUUUGUUUAUAGUACAGAAACCAUCUCCGGAUGAUUGACGACAAACAGGAGGAAGACGAGAAUAUGGUGCAAGAU